AUCAUUACAUUUUUAUUUUAAAUUGCGUGCAUAGCUACACUAUAGAAAAAAAAACAAAAAGGAAAAAGAGAAUUAAUUGGAAAUGCACGAAAAUGAAAAUAGGGGAAUGAAGUCAAAAGGUUUGGUUUAGAUACGUACGAAGGACCAUUAAUAUAACUUUUAGGGGGAGUGAAUAUUAAACAACACGAAAACCAAGAAAGAAAAUAAGAAACUUAAAAACAAGGGAAUGAUGAUCCUGAGGUCAAACCUUAGCAGUUGGCCUAUUUUCAUUUUUUGUUAUAUUUAUUUUAAUUUGGUCUAAAAAAUAAAGUUAAACUUCUUCAUUUGGGUAACUCCCAAAUCCCAAUAUGGUAAUUCUCUUAAGCUACUAGGAGACUGGACAAAAACAAAAGCAAUUAUUCUGUUCUAAUACAUGGAGCUGGACUACUGGUUAAUAUUGUAGCAGUUGUUUAGGAAUUUUUUAAUAAGUACUAUAAUUAAGAAAAGGGUGAUUUAGAGAAAUACACCCAAAACUCAUUGGUUAGUACUUAAUUAAAUUCGAAGAACAACAUUCUCCAACGGGAGUGGUCCAUGGAUUAUACCACACAAAAUUCAAAAGAUUUUUAUAAAGCUAUUUUAUACUAAUGCACGCAAAGUCAAAUGUAUCAUAAAUUUGUGUUGAAUGUAUUAUAUUCUGUUAGGUCAAAAACACAUGUCACCUCAAACUAUAUAAAAGUAUGAAAAGAAUCCAGCUGGUUACUAAUUAUAAAAAUAAAUAUCCCAUCCUUCCCUUCUUCCUAUUUGGUCGACUAGAGGUUACUUAUCUUUUUUUUUUGUCGUCUAGAAUUUUAUUAAUGGAUCGAAAACCAAAUAAAAACCAAAUCCGAGACUACAACAAUCAUAAAUAAAAAGCACAAAUACAAAUCGAUCAUUUGCAAAGUCAAACUUGGGCCUAAAGCCCACAAAAAAACUCAUUACCAACACGGGACAGUAAUCCGUGUUGUAAUCGAAACCUCCGGAGCUAUCACAGCUAGAGGUUACUUAUCAUAUCACAAUUUCUAAAAAAAAUAUUUUCUUUUUCCCUUUGUACACACACAUAUAAAAAAUAUAUUCAUAUCAUAUAAACACAUUUAUUUUUGUUCAUCCUAGACAACCACAUAACACGUACGUAUAAGCACGAGUUCUUCCAAAAAGAGACAAAAGGGACUAGAAGGAAAAUAGAAACAUUUAUCUUUUGUAAAAACAGAAAAGUUUCGUCCUUAUUAAUCUUUAACCUUACUUCACUCGCAGAAAAUCAUAAUUUCUUCUUAGGAUUCUUGUUCUUCACCAUCUCUCUUCUUCUGCUUCUUCUUCUUCAAGAAAAUAAAGAAAUAGUUCAGAGAGAUACAAAUCAAAAGGAUUAGGGUUUUUUCGUGGGUUCAUAUCUAAAUGGGUAAGUGCGGAAGGAGCAGCGACGGAGGGAUUAGUGGAGUUAGGCCGUACGUACGGUCUCCGGUUCCUCGCCUGAGAUGGACGCCGGAGCUUCACCGGAGCUUUGUUCAUGCCGUUGAUUUGCUUGGUGGUCAAUACAAAGCAACUCCAAAACUUGUUCUUAAGAUAAUGGAUGUGCAGGGACUAACUAUUUCACACGUCAAGAGCCAUCUCCAGAUGUAUAGAGGAUCCAGACCCACUCUUCUUGGAAGACAAGAGAGUUCUUCAUCAUCUUCAAGAAGAAGAAGAAGACAGGACAAUGGAGAUCAGCUUCAUGACAACUUGUCUGAACACGCAAGGAAUGAUUGUCUUUUUGGGUUUCACUCUUUUAACUUCAGAGAGCAGAAUUCAGGGACAGAUAAUGAUGACGAUGACUUUCUUAACAUCAUGAACAUGGCGAGAACGAAGACAUUUGCAGGCAAUGGCGAGUCCAUCAAAUUUCAGCCCUAUCACUUUCUCGAGGCUCAGAGCAUGAAGAGCAACAUGGGAAACGAACACGAAGAAGAAGAACUAUCGCUGUCUCUUUCGUUGAAUCAUCCUCCUAAUCAUCAGCAACGUUGGAGAAGCAAUGCGUCAUCGUCCCUUAGUGAAGCAAGCGAAGCAGUCUCAUCUCCUUUCACCUCCAGAGAUUGUUUUGCUUCUUCGAAGAUUGAUCUUAAUCUUAAUCUCUCUUUUCCUUCUCUACUCCGUAGCUGAAGCUUUGUUCUUAUGUUUUAUAAUAAUAUUAGUUGGAGUUAAUUACCAUUGAAAUUUGUUUGAAAACCUUUUAAAAUAGGGAACGUAAUCUUUUAGCUAGAUUUCUCUUGUGGUCGCGGUAUGAUUUUUUGGGUGUCUACUACAGUGUCACCACGGUCCUCGGAUCACAUUUGUUCUUGUAUGAAUGAAAGUUGACGUUUCAUUUGGUGAUUA